CGGGGGAGAAUAAAAGAGUCAAAAUUGGUGCGCCCCCAUACGCGAGCGAUUUGCACAAAUUCCGGCGAUCCUCUCUCCUCCCGGGGAAGAAGCCUCUCGAUCCUCCGGGAACCGUCGCCGAGAGAUCUGUAGCGAGCGAGGGUCGAUCCAGUGAUGGAGGAGACGGCGGCGGCGGCGACGGAGACGGCACCCGUGGCGGCGGCGGAGCAGAAGUCGUCGUACAGGUACUGGGUGAGGGAGGCCACUGGCGACGCCGCGCCGCUCCCGAUCCCUCGCAAGCUCGACGCCGCCGCCGCGGCCGCCGCCAACGGCACGGGCAAUGGGAACGCGCCGCAGGCCCUCGGCUCCGUCUGGAAUCAGGCUGGAACAUGGGAGGAAAAGAACCUUAAUUCAUGGGCCAGUAGUAGGAUAAAGGAUUUGCUGGGUUCUUUAAGUUCAUUGGACUUCUCCACAGGAAAAGCAUCCAUUGAUGAAGUGUCCAAAUGCUCAGGCGAUGCAUAUCUAGUAACAGUCCGUAAUAAGAAGAGAGUAGGGUACAAUUAUGAAUUGAGCUUGAGAUUUAAAGGUGAAUGGCUAAUCAAGGAGGAGCAGAAGAAGGUCACGGGCCAUAUAGACAUCCCUGAGUUUUCAUUUGGUGAGCUUGAUGACCUAGAGGCAGAAGUAAGGUUUACUGAUAGCCUCGAAUGGGAUGACAAGUCGCGGAUCUCCAAGGAUGUGAAAUCAUUCCUUUCGCCUAUCAGGGAGAAACUGCGUACAUUUGAACUAGAGCUGAAAGAUAGGUGAGAUUGUUUGCAAGAGUCGGCACUGCAACCCAAGUAACGAUCGCUUUUUGCCCACUGUGCUGUCAUUCUUCUAGCUGAGACCAUGUGUACUUGAUUAAGCAUUUGUUGUCAAAGACUCGAGGGCAUAUUGUUGUUUAUCCAGUCCACUGUAAGGUAUAUGGUCACCAACUGGUCCUUUGGUUGAUUGAGACUGUGUGCACUGAUAUGUUGUGUACUCUAGUAAAACCAGAUGAUUACGAAAUCCCAAGAGAAAUAUCCUCUUCUUUAUUUUCUU